CUCACCACAAAUUAAAUUAUCAUCUCUCUCCCUCUCAGUUAGUUAGACUGGCAUUGACCAGUCAUCAUCUCCUCCAACAAUGGAAUUUGCAGGCUCUGCCAUGAAUGACUUAUGCAUAUCUCCCGAACAUGGCAGAAGAGGAAGAUUAGGCCGGAGAAAAAUCAUUUAUGAUGAUACCAAAGAGUUCAAAUCCAAGAAUCUUCACGCCGAAAGACGGAGAAGACAAAAACUCAGCGACAGACUCCUCGCUUUACGCUCUAUGGUUCCGAUAAUCACUAAUAUGAACAAGGCUACGAUAAUUGAGGAUGCGAUCACCUACAUUCAGGAGCAGCAGGAGAGUGUGAAGCUUCUGAGCGAUCAGCUUAUCGAAAUGGAUGAAUCGUUGGAUGAAACUGUCAAGACAGUGAGUGAUCAUGAGAUUGAUCCUGCAGAGGAAAUGAAGCAAUGCGGAAUAAUGGAAGAUAUUCAGGUAACUUAUGUUGAUGAAACUAAGCUAUGGAUUAAGAUAAUCUUGGAGAAGAAACGAGGGCGAUUCACCCGAUUAAUCGAAGCCAUUGCUUAUCUCGGACUUGAACUCACUGACAUUAAUGUUACUUCUUACAAAGGAGCAAUUCUUGUUUCCUCCUGCGUUGAGGGUACUUAUGGUGAUACGCUAACAGUUCAGCAGACUAAGGAACUUCUGGUGGAGAUUAUCAGAAGUAUUUAGCAAGCAAAUCUUUUGAUCAAUUGAAAACAGAUUUAUUAGAAAUUGAUUCUAUACAUUUAUGAUUUAUUGAGAUGAAAACAUUGCUUGACAUAAUUUGAUUGUUGUCCAACUUUGAGAUUUAUAGUAGCUGAUAAUUAUAAUCAAACUCGGACUCU